AUGGCUCUCCACACUCAAAUCCUAUUCUCCAUUCUGCUGGCGAUUUUAGUUAUUUGUAAUGUGGUCGUGCAUAAUGUAGAGGCCAGGGAAGGCGGUUUCUUCCCCGCUCCUGCUUAUAACAGCCCUCCUGUGCGAGAAAACGCCGGUUACCCGGAUCCUAAAGAGUAUUACCCGACGGGGAGGGAGAACUCAUACAAUAGAUAUUACGAGUCUGGUGAAGGGCAAGGCAACGGUUACGGAAAUGGUGCUGGUGAAGGUGGAGGCUACAGGGAAGGCGUGAAUGGCUACGGUAGAGGCGCUGAAUACACUACACAAAAUGGCGGCGGUGCAGGCUACGGUGGACAAGGUUUCGGCAAUGGCGGCGGCUAUGGCUCCGGUGAGUGGCGCGGUUCCAACGGUGGCGGCGGCUAUCGACAGAGCGCGGAAUUUGGCGGUUACAACACCCGGUUUGGCAACGGUAACCGCUACGGCACAGGGUAUGGUGCCGGCUACGGCAAUGGCAACGGAGAAUACAUUCCUAACAACGGUUAUAAUCAGGAAAAUCCUUAG